UCUAGCCGGAUGUACCAGUAAUUAACAAAGAGUGGAUUUUUACCAUUGAUGUAUUAUGUUUGUGACUGUUGUGUUUACAUGACGCAGAAUGAGUUGUUCCGUGUAGCCUGUUAGCUAACGUUAGCUAGGCUAAACAACAAAACGCUGUCACAGCGAGCCAACGCUCAGGAUAUAAUCCCGAGUCUGUUUUAAAGGACCUCUUUAGGCUCGACAUGGGAAAAGGCUGUAAAGUGGUGGUGUGUGGCCAGGCAGCAGUUGGUAAAACUGCCAUACUGGAGCAGUUGCUGUACGGAAAUCACUCUGUAGGCUCUGAGUCCAGUGAGACCCAGGAGGAUGUGUAUGUGGCCUCAGUGGAAACUGACCGCGGUGUGAAGGAGCAGCUGAGGCUUUAUGACACUAAAGGUCUGCACGAUGGACAAGACCUCCCCAAACACUACUACUCAGUGGCAGACGGCUUCGUACUCGUGUACAGCGUCGACAGCGUGGAAUCUUUCAAGAAAGUGGACAUCCUGAAGAAGGAAAUAGAAAAGUCCAGAGAUAAAAAAGAGGUGACGGUCAUCGUGCUGGGCAACAAGACGGACCUGCGGGAGCGUCGUCAGGUGGAGCAGGAGGUGGCGCAGCAGUGGGCGCGAGGCGAGAAGGUGAAGCUGUGGGAGGUGAGCGUCACUGAACGCAACUCCCUCAUUGAACCCUUCACGCAGCUGACCAGCCGGCUCACUCAGCCUCAGAGCAAGUCUGCCUUCCCUCUGCCGGGACGCAAGAGCAAAGGCACCCCGUCCAACGACAUCUGAACCUUCCAGCAGGCGGCGUUCACCUCAUGUGGGAAUAACCAGCAGGACAACAUGGACUUUAGUUCAGCCACAUGACUUUGCUUCUGUGUACAUUUCACUAAGAUCCAGUCUGUUAUAUACAGGUGUAACAUAACUGUUCAACAUUUUGCUUUCUUACUGAGAGAUGAGAAGGUUGAUAUCAAACUCGUGUCUGAAUGUUAAAGAGAGAGUUUGGAUGUUUUGAGCUUCCUCUCAUAGUGUGUAAUACUACAGUAGAUGCACUUUGUACAAACAGACGGGAGUAUCAGCAGGAAGCUGAUGUAGCAGCAAAAUGUAUUUUAGACACCUAAAAAUCAAUAUCACUUUAAGUGUAACUAUAUUUAGAAUCAUUUCACCACUUUACCUUGCUGUCAGACAGCCCUUUAUACUGAGAGCUGAAGCUGUUCUCUUCAAAGCCUCCAGACUCCAUUGAGAAAAACAGUAAUUUUACCUCUCAGAACACGAGAGCUGCAGGUCUACUGCUGCAGGUCUACUGCUGCAGGUCUACUGCUGCAGGUCUACUGCUGCAGGUCUACUGCUGCAGGUCUACUGCUGCAGGUCUACUGCUGCAGGUCUACUGCUGCAGGUCUACUGCUGCAGGUCUACUGCUGCCUCCAUCGGUAGACCAGCAACUCCUGUAUAAGCAUAUUCCCCAAUGUGCAUGUCGUAUUUCAUUCUUUUUAUUAGAGCAAAACAACCAGAAGUGUCACCAGUAACUUCUCUUUUCUGUACAGCGUGCUUAACACUUCAGUGUGUAGUCGAUCUGUUUUUCAUUGUAGAAGGAAAAGCAUCUUAAAAAUGUAGCACUUUAGUACCAAAGAUUUGACACGAACACAGAUCUUGUGGGUUUACACUUUUGAAUAACGCGUUAUGUAAGUAUACCAUUUCAAGUUAAAGAAUACCAUCUUCCAUUAAUGACCUGUGUGUGCACUGACAGUCUGUGCUCGCUGUAAUCACUCCUCUCCAUCCCGAGAGAUCCCAAUCUAGAGCUAAUUUAAUGAAACUAAAUCCCCAGUCCGCCGCAUUAGUCUAAGUCGGCCCGUUAAAGCCUGUUAUGAGCUUUGUUCAAUGCAUGUUUGCACCAAAUCAGGACUGUGGAUUUUGACCCCCAUUCUUUACGUCAACCUGCCGCUCCUUCAACAUACACAUGGGCUCGUUGUACAAACAGACUUGAGAAAUCUGCCGCACUAAACUCCUAAAAGCAGGUUUCAGACACCUCAUCUGUUAUUUCCCAUGUGAUGUGAAUGCAGCAUGAAUCGUGGGCCGUCUCAUGUGCGAUGGUCCGGUCAGUCUCAUGUGCGAUGGACCGGUCCGUCUCAUGUAUGAUGGUCCGUCUCAUGUGCGAUGGUUCGGUCCGUCUCAUGUAUGAUGGUCCGUCUCAUGUGCGACGGUUCGGUCAGUCUCAUGUGCGACGGUUCGGUCUGUCUCAUGUGCGACGGUUCGGUCAGUCUCAUGUGCGACGGUUCGGUCCGUCUCAUGUGCGACGGUUCGGUCCGUCUCAUGUGUGACGGUUCGGUCCGUCUCAUGUGCGACGGUCCGGUCCGUCUCAUGUGCGAUGGUUCGGUCCGUCUCAUGUGAGACGGCCGGGCAGCAAUAAUAUUAAUGGUGCUGCGUUUACUUGUGAUGGAAGGUAGUUGCACUCCCGUGGCGUCCGGCCGGUAUAAUCCAAUAGGGCUUUAAUCUAACGGUAGAUAUUUAUUUUUAAACUAAUUUAUUUUUGUCACUUUAAUGAGCCACAUCCCUUAACGUUUGAAUCAAUGUGAAGGAUGACCUGCGCUGUUUCUUUGUGUCCUAAAUGUCUCAAAGUAAUAACAUUUACUGUGCUGCUAGUAGAACAGAGUUAGAGAGACUCAUGCGAACCCUAAAUUAUUCUCUGCUCUGUAACGCUCUGAAGAUGCUCUGAAUAAAUUGUAGCCUCUUCAUAUUUAA